AAUAAAGGACAAAGUUGUAAAAUCGGACCUGAGAUAAAACCCUAGAAAGCCCUAAAUUCGUCUCUUUUAAACUCGCAUCUAAAACGCAGCUGCCAUUUUCGUAACUCUGCCACCGCUGCUCUCAAUCCCUUCCACUUCGCCAUGGCAUCAGAGAAGAAGCUUUCGAACCCAAUGAGGGAGAUCAAAGUCCAGAAACUUGUCCUCAACAUCUCCGUCGGUGAGAGCGGCGAUCGUCUUACACGUGCGGCCAAGGUCUUGGAACAGCUCAGUGGUCAAACCCCAGUCUUCUCCAAGGCUAGAUACACUGUGAGAUCUUUUGGAAUUCGGCGUAAUGAGAAGAUUGCUUGUUAUGUGACUGUGAGGGGGGAGAAAGCUAUGCAGCUUCUUGAGAGUGGUUUGAAGGUUAAGGAAUAUGAGCUUUUGAGGAGGAACUUCAGUGAUACUGGCUGCUUUGGAUUCGGUAUCCAAGAGCACAUUGAUCUUGGUAUCAAGUAUGACCCUUCAACUGGUAUCUAUGGUAUGGACUUCUAUGUUGUUCUCGAACGAGCUGGGUACCGUGUGGGUCGUCGUCGCAGGUGCAAGUCACGUGUCGGUAUUCAGCACCGAGUCACCAAGGAGGAUUCCAUGAAGUGGUUCCAAGUCAAAUAUGAAGGUGUUAUCCUUAACAAGUCUCAAAAUAUUGGGGCAUAGGAAUAGCCAGGUAAACAAGAUCAAUCGAGUUGUUUUUAAGAUUUUUGCUACUUGAUAUUGGUUUUAAGUUUGUGUAUCAGUUGUAAUUUGGCUGAAGAGAUUUGUGAAAUGCUAAAGUAAUUUUGCUGUUGGAUUAAAUGGCUUCAUUUAAUAUAGCACUUGGAAAAUACAAUGUCUAUUCAAAUAAUUUGAGCUAGUGUUAAAAAUAAAGUCAUAACAUUUGAGAGA